AUGCCCACACGUCUCCAGUCCAAAAUCGCCAUAAUAACCGGCUCCUCCUCCGGCCUAGGCCGCGCCAUAGCCCUAGCCUUCGCCUUGGAAGGCGCCACAAUAAUCUGCGCCGACCUACGUCCUGAAGCCCGUCCAUGCCCAUCCCUCUCACCCACUAUAUCCACCUCCGCCCCACUGCUGCCAACCCACGACCUCCUCGCCGCACAAGGCUUCACCGCAAUCUUCAUAACCUGCGACACCACCUCUAGUACGUCAAUACAACACCUCAUCGCAACCACAGUGUCGACGUACGGCCGCCUCGACAUCAUGGUUAACAACGCAGGCGUGGGUCUUGAGGGCGAGGGCGAGGGCGAGAAACCGGUUUGGGAGUACGAUGAGCAUGUGUUUGAGAGGACGAUGGAGGUUAAUAUCAAAGGCGUUUUCUUGGGGACAAAGUAUGCGAGUAGGCAAAUGGUGAAGCAGGAUCCUGUUGGUGAAGGUGAAGGUGGCAUAACGAAAUCAGCAGCUCUGGACUGCGCACCCCACAACAUCCACGUCAACGCGCUUUGUCCGGGAUACACGGCCACGGCGAUUACCGCGCGCGUGUUUGAGCCACAGGCGGCCGAAGUGAAGAAAGUGGUGGAUUCGCGGCAUCCGCUCAAGGGCAUGGGGGCACCGGAGGAUGUGGCGAGAGCGGCGGUUUUCUUGGCGAGUGAGGAUGCGGCGUGGGUGACGGGUGUGGGACUGCCUGUUGAUGGGGGGUAUAGUUGUGUGUGA